AUGGGCGGCUCGUGGCGACCGUUCACUCAGCCUGAACGCCGGUCUUCAGACCCCGAAACUUCGCUGAGCACACAACGCCCGCCUCUCAAAAGCCACCACACGUCCCCGCCGAGCUUUUCCUCUGCAAGCUCAAGCAGCUCUGGCUCCGGGCCGAGCUCACCUGCCCAGCUGCUCUUUCCGAGCGGCUCUACUCGUCAGGGCAUGACUCGGACACGUUACCACACUGUCCCACCUCCUAUCCAGGUGCACAACCACUCGAGGCCACUCACGCCUCUGCACUCUAUUCCCGAGACCCCCAAAGAUCUAGACGUCUCGCCAGAAGGUAGCUGGGCUUUGCGCCAGUCUCGGACCCUUGGUCGGUCGAGGUCGCACCCCAACUUGCGCCUGGGCCAUCGCCAGCUUCUGAGCUCUGUGGAGGUGCAUGAUAUCAAGCUGAAAAGGAGCAUGUCUAGCUCUGGAGACAAGGGCGAUGCUGUGGAGAGGAAGAAGAAGGCCAUGUUGGCAGUCUUGCAGAUGCGUCGCGGGUCUGCCAGACCAAGUCUCGAGCUUUCAACCUCGGUCCUUAUGGCUCGUGUCGACUCGUCUACGAGACCGAGCUCGACACCAAAGCCAAACUUUCCUCCCCUCCCCGCUUCCCCUCUCCGUCGCUCCCCGCGUAUCCAAUCCCUCACUUCUGCCAUCCCCAAGCACAUUCGCUCCUCCUUUGGCUCUAUCGACUAUCACGCCCCAUCUUCGUCGUCUCCACUGGCGACACAUACCAACCGGGCGAGGUCUUCUUCCGCGCCCACACCUGCAUACCAGCUGCGCGAACGUCUGCAAAAGGAAAAGGAAGAGAAGGAAAAGGUAGUCUCGAGCCAAUCGGCAAAUGCUAUCAUCCCCGAUCGCUCUGCCGCCCGAGGCCCGGCCCCUCCCAAGCUCGUGCUCUCGCGCGAAGACCCCUCAAACCGCGACAACGCCGCGUGGAAGGAUAGCGAGAUGGUCUCGCCCAAAUCCGGAAGGAUCUCUCUCAAGAGCGAGAUGAUGCAAGACAUCUUUUACACCCCCGAGGUCGUGCCCUGCCUUACUCCCGAUUGCGAUACGCCUACAGAAGAACUCGUCCUCGGCGAAUAUGGAGAUGGGCGGUUCACCGGUGCGGGCAUGGACGUCGUCGAGGAGGAACCUGGAGAGGAGCGCGAGGAGCUUGUCAUCCGCCCGGGCAGUGUCAAAAGCGAGGCAGCCGGGAGCGAGGACGGGCUCGAUGCGUUGUGGGCAUUCCCUGCUCCACCCACAAGAAGCAACCCUUCCACCCCAUGUACGCCCACGUACCAUCGCGAACCCGCUGUUUCUCCCCGUUCAUCACCUCCUUCUUCCCCUAUCCCUACAUCCUCCUUCACUUCGCGCUCUCAGCCAGACUUGCUCCUCUCCUUCUCCAGUGCAGGACUCGAGAAUGAAAGUACCGAAACCCUCGUCACGCCCAAUACGUUCACCACACCUUUGAAACCCGGGUCGAUAUCUGCAGGCAGAAAGACCUCGUCGGUGAUGGGUGCUGCUAGCGCUUCCAUGGUAUCUCUCUUGAGCCCGAACGAGUUUGGGUCGACUAUCAAGAACAAAGGCGGUAGAUUGGCGCAGUUGGAGAAGCAGGGGAAGGGUGAAAAGGAUGACCCGAAGAGGUUCAAGACGUGGACAGGAUCCAUCACAAAGGCCAGGAAGAGCAUGGGCAAGCUCUGGGUGUAG